AUGAGUUUUCUGUUGAAGACCAGGAGUGAAGGGAACCAACAAAAACAGGCGUCUCCUCAGGAACAACAGCGAAAGAUAGAGGAGGUUCGUGAGCUGCUGGGCGACCUGCCGACGGAGACGCCGAGCUUCUUGUCGGACGGCACCAUCCGCCGGUUUCUCCGAGCAAAGAACUGGAGCAUGGAACAAGCGACCAAGGCUCUCAAAGAGGCUGUCAAGUGGAGGCGUCAGUUCAAGCCAGACAAGAUUUGCUGGAGUUUAACUUCAACAAAGGAACAUAUAAAACAGCUAGUGUAUAACCUUGAGAUUUUGGCAUUGAGCUCGGAAGACGCACAAGAAGAGAACGUUGUUUUGAUGUGUGAUUUAAGUGGUUGGACACUAUCAACUACACCAUUGUGGGAAACCCGAGAAUCGUUGCACAUAAUUCAAAACUAUUAUCCAGGGUUGGUUGGAGCAGCAAUUCUCAGCAAUCCGCCAAAGAUAUUUGAAUCUUUUUGGAAGAUAGUAAAAUACUUCAUCGAGCCAACGUUGUAUGACAAAGUGAAAUUUGUUUAUAGGAAGAACUCAGAUAGCCAGAGGAUAUUGGCUGACAUGUUUGACCUGGACAAGUUGGAGUUUGCAUUUGGAGGAAGAAACACUGCUAGCCUUGAUAUUACAAUGUACUCCGAGAGAAUGAGAAGACGAGAUCAGAUAAGGGGUGCUUGCAAGGACGCAAGUGGUACCAUGUAA